GACGCCGACAGAGCGAGUCGCGCCACUGUAUAUACAGUCGUCCAGGUGUAGAGAUCUGUGAGCCGGAGAAACGUGAUAACGUAACGCUUAUAAAUAAUGGCGAAUACAGAGUCGCUCGCAGAAGUGACGGAUGUUGUACAGAUUCUACGACAAUGGGAGGAGGAACACAGCUUGCCGGCUUACGAUCCCAUCCCUGUCCUUCAGAGAUUAGCGGAUAUAAUAGAGCUUGAGACGGAAAAUUACAUGAAGAUGGAUCCGGAUCCGUUCGACGAGAGACAUCCGUCGCGCACCGAUCCGGAGUGUAACUUUGGACACAUAUUGAAGGUUUUAUUUAGAAAGGAUAAUUUUAUGACAAAGUUAAUAAAUGAUUAUUUGAGAGACACAUACUGGUCCCGAGCGGGAAUAACCGGGAGAGACGUCAGAAAACUGAACGUUGCUGCCUGUCGACUGAUGCUGGACAUACUUCCGGGAUUAGAAACGUCAGCAGUGUUUCAGCCAGACAUGGAAGGUCUUAUACACAGAUUGUUCUCGUGGGCAGAGAAGAGCAUGGAGCCGUUGCAGAGCUACUCGACCGGCCUUCUAGCCGCCGCGAUGGAAGUGCAGGAUAUAGCUACAGGAUUUAGAGAUCAAAAUGCCAAAAUGGUGCCACUGAUGCUGCAACGGUUAUACAAGCUGCAGCAGAAAGCGCACGAAGACCGCCAGCAGAAGGCGCACGAGGAUUAUCAGAAGAACGUUCGGCCGUUCGCUCACAUCGGGCAGGACAGGAAUAGCGUUGCCGAUUGCAACGACAGCCCUGAUAAGCGCAAGAUACGGCCCAAGUGGCAGAAAAACGGGAUAACGAGAAAUCAGGAUUCGCCGUCUUCCGACGAGAACGACUCGGUGCACGACGACACGCCGGCCGUCAAGAAGAAGAAGAGCAACUCCGGUUGCGAGACGCCCGUGAAGAACAGCGAGCUGUAUCCCGAGAUCAUGUCCCCGCCUCUGUCCAUCCCGAAAGGCAAUCCCGUGGGUCUGUCGGUGACGCCGUCCAAGCAGAGCGGCUUGCAGUCCGCGAGAAUCCUGAAUGUCCCGGCGUCCGCAAGGUGCAAUUUGCAAAAGUCGUCCGGCCUGUCUCAGGGCUCUAACGCGCAUUUGCUGGACGGAAAUUCAAAUUCUUCCUGGGCCGAGAUGGAGUCUUACGUCAUUGGUAGCGUGCAAAUGCAUCCCCCUACUCUCGCGACUCGGCAGAUGCUGAUCCUGCGAUAUCUGACACCGAUGGGAGAGUACCAGGAGUUCCUCGGCCACGUGUUCGAACACAACGCCCUGGACCUGAUACUGAAGUACAUAAACGUGCGCGAGACCAAGGACAGCAGACUCGCUUUCGAGGCGCUCAAGUAUCUCGCGUCCCUGUUGUGUCACAAAAAGUUCUCGAUCGAAUUUCUAAAUGUCGGCGGUUUGCAAAGGCUGUUGGAUGUGCCGAGGCCGAGUGUCGCGGCGACAGGUGUAUCCAUAUGUCUGUACUACCUCGCGUACUGCGAGGACGCCAUGGAACGAGUGUGCCUGCUGCCGAAGCACAUAAUAUCCGAUCUCGUGACUUACGCACUGUGGCUGUUGGAACGCAGCCACGACUCCGGACGUUGUCACGCGACCAUGUUCUUUGGCUUUUCUUUCCCAUUCAAAGUUAUACUGGAGGAGUUCGACGCGCAGGAUGGUCUGAGGAAAUUGUUCAACGUGAUAUCGACUUUACCAAUUCUAAAUAUCGAAGAAGAGCCAACGAUAAACGACGAUGAAGAGUGCGCGUCGAGGCAGAUUGUACGACACGUGGCUGUUGCUUUGAAGAGAUACAUGGAAGCGCAUUUGCAUUUAAAAGCGGAGCAAUUGCAGCGUGCGGAGAACGUUAGAGCUGAACGCGAUACAUGGCAGCCUUCAUUACCACCCUACAAGGCAUGCAAGUUUAGCAGCGAAGAAGUUCAAGCGAAAGUGGAGGUUCUGCAAGAAUUUAUGUCAGUUAGAGCGGUAUGGCCACCAGUGGAAGAACUUCAUCGUUUAGGUGGUAUCACGUUGCUUUUGCAAAUCAUAGCUUUUGCUCGCGAAUGGAACUAUAGUGGACGGGUACACACUACUUCUAGUGCAGAAACGGUCAGAUCCUGUUUGGAUGUUAUCGCAAUUUGUUCCGUUGUACCAAAAGUUAUGUUGCUGCUGUGCGAAAGAGUCGACAUGCCAGACAUGUCGAUGACGAUGGCGAUUAAUCUUUUACUAGCCGCGGCUGAGUGUGAAAUUAUUGCAGAUGCCGAUGUACAAAGAGCAGCACUAAGGGCUGUAAUUAAUUGUGUAUGUGCCCCCAUAAAUAGAGUCGGAGGAAAUGUAGCUAGAUAUUCUAUAACUGGAUCUGCCAAGAAGAAAGCGAAUAUUCACAAUAGCGAAGAAUUGAUACAGAAAGUAUGGGAAAGUGUUAGGUCAAAUAACGGCAUAAUGGUACUACUACAGUUAAUGAUGGUGAAGACACCUAUUACUGAUGCCGAUAGCAUACGAGCGUUGGCGUGUCGUGCGCUAGCUGGACUAGCACGUAGUGAGAAAGUUAGGCAGAUUAUUAGUAAGUUACCAAUGUUCACGAAUGGGCAAAUUCAGUCGCUUAUGAAGGAUCCUAUCUUACAAGAGAAGCGUCAAGAACAUGUUACUUUCCAAAAAUAUGCCCUCGAAUUAAUGGAAAGGGUGUCCGGUAAAGCGAAGCCAACGGGUGCAGAAUAUGAAAUUUCCUUAGUCAGUUUACACAGGGCAAAUGUUGUAGCACAAACGAGAAUACAAUAUAAUGAACAACAGCUUAAUCAAUUGAUAUAUCAGCACCUUGUGUCAAAGGGUUUAAAUGAGACGGCUAGUUUAUUACAGAGAGAAGCAAACUUGGAAUCAUCUGCGAUUAUGAGAGCUGCAAUAACAUAUCAACCUUUUACAUACCGAAAUCCUGCGAGUGUAACUCCAAGGAAUAGUUUUUCUCCAGGUGCUCCUGCUAACUUGUAUAAUACAAGUAGAUGUACACAAAGAGAAACUACUUGUAGAAACAAUACCACUCCUACAUCGUCAUCUCGAUUUAUAUCCCAUACCGGUACAUGCACUGGUUCACCGGCUGUGAAUAAUAACAUCCGAUUAAAACUUGCUGAUUGCCUGAAUCAAAAUGUUAUUUCGAACAAUGCAAACCAGCCAAUUAAAUUACAAAUUAGUCAGAAGAAAUUGAUAUCAUCCGAAAGGCAGCCUCUAGUCAUUCCAACUAAUUAUCAAUCUACGAUACAGCCCCAAUCGACUAGCUGUAGAUCUUUACAGAAACAGAUUUUCAGAGAUCCCGGAAGUGGCGGAGGACCUGGUAUAGCCUCCUCUAACGUAUCGGUUACUCUUGAUUCUAUUAUCACAGAAUAUUUAACGAAUCAACAUGCUCUCUGUAAAAAUCCUAUGGUAACGUGCCCACAAUUCAAUCUUUUUGAACCACACAAAUGUCCAGACCCGUGUACAAAAAAUUCUUCACCUACAAAUGUAACGACGAGAUUAACAAAACGAGCAUUGGGAAUAGACGGUAGAAGAUUAGAUAGAAGACAUAUUUAUAGUCGUUUUUGUCCUAUAAAAACUUUUCGGCCUACAGAAACGGGAGGAAUAUUUACCUGUUGCGCUUUCUCGCCUUGCACACAAUAUCUCAUUUUGGGCACCCAUGCCGGAGACAUCAAAAUGUUCAAUGUCCACUCAGGAAUGGAAGAGGCAACUUACCAAUGCCACGAAACGUAUGUGUAUCACAUGGAAUGUAACCAGCGUGGUAAUCUCUUGUUGACCUCCACUGCUUGGAGAAGUCCUAUGUCGGCGCUCUGGGACAUCGGAGCAUUCUUCGAAAUGAAGCUACCCUUCGAGAACGAAGAUUAUGUUGAAUUUGGCAAGUUGCAAGAUAGAAUAAUUGGUACCCAAGGAGAGAUCGCGACGAUAUAUGAUAUAGGAACUGGAAAAUUAUUAACAACCUUGACACCAUCCAUCUCGAAUCAAUAUACGAAGAAUCGGGCAACUUUUAGUAUGAACGACGAAUUAGUACUUAGCGACGGCAUAUUAUGGGAUGUUAAUUCGGGCAAAGAAAUUCAUAAAUUCGACAAAUUAAAUCAAACGUUAAACGGAGUUUUCCAUCCGAACGGGACAGAAGUUGUAUCUAAUACUGAAGUAUGGGAUUUGAGAACGUUUCACCUACUUAAGACAGUUCCCACUCUCGACGACAUGGAAGUGAUUUUCUCACCAAUCAACAAUAUUAUAUAUGCAGUCGCAUUAGAUCAAGACAAUGAAACCGAUUCUCAUUAUUCGACUUCCUUCAAAACACUAGAUGCUUUAGAUUACAGUAACAUUGCAACUUGUGAUGUGAAAAGAGGAAUUUAUAGUCUCGCCUGUAACAAAUAUGACACUCAGAUUGCAAUAGUAGAAAAUCUGGGUGAAUUCUCUAGCAUACAGGAAUCCUGUGCUAGGUUGUACGACGUUGGAAGAAGAAGAGACGACGAGGAUGAAGCUGAUGAGGAUGACGAGGAAGAUGAUCUUGAUGCUACCGAUGAUGAUGGCGAUGAUGAUGGAUCUGAUGAUAAUAAUGCAGAUGAUGGUGAUAAUGCUGGCGCAGACAACGGCGAUGACAACGAUCAGAACAGAGGAAACAAUGAUGGCGAUGAUGAUGGUGGAAGCGGCGAUGAUUCUGGUGACGAUUCUGGUGCAGAUUACGACCCCAAUGUCGAUAUUCACGAUUUGUCUGAUGAUUUCUCUUUGUCGGAUAUGGAUGAUCUGGAAAUAAUGUUUUCAUGAACGUCAUUCAGAAAUAUAAUUUUGUGCAUAUACAUAUAUAUAUAUAUACAUAUAUAAUAAGUAUUGAAAAAGGAAUUUUAUCGUGGUUAUUAAUUGAAUAUUCUAAAUGUAUAUUUACAGCUAAUUUCAACUAUUUUGAUGUAAUUUAGACGCCCUAUUGAUUUUAUGUGGAAGUACUUUCUGUACUUUUUCAAAUUAUAAAAAAAUGAUUGUAAAUUACCAUUAUGAAUUUUCUGUUUGAUUAUUGAAUAAAAAAACCAUGUUGUAUGUUCUUUUCAAUAAUACGUCAUAUAUUAGUUUGCGACAUAUAAAUUAAGGCUGUAUAUAUGCGUGACAACCAAUGUAAUUUCGUGACUUGAAAUGAGAGCGAUUUUUUAAAAAUAAGAA